CGGGAUGAGCGCGCCCAGCAGCUGCUGGACGCCGUGGAGCAGCGGCAGCGGCAGCUCCUGGACACCAUCGCCGCCUGCGAGGAGAUGCUGCGGCAGCUUGGCCGCCGGCGUCCGGAGCCGGCUGGUGGCGGGAACGGUUCAGCCAAGUCCGGAGCGCCGCCCCAGCCCGCUGUAUCUGCCAGAGGUGGCCUUCCAAAGGAUGCUGGCGAUGGAGCUGCGGAGCCUUGACCAUUUCCUAGCCGGGCACCCUGACUUCUGUCCCUUUCCAGGGCCGGUGGCUGGACUCUGACCAACUCCCCUCACUAAAGGGGCCAGUCUUCACUGGCAGUUGCUGGUACUUGGCCCUCAGCCUGGGAUGGCAACUUUGCAAGCAGCUGGGUUCACUCCCACAUCGUCCUGGCUGAAGGCAGUACUGUGUUUGGAAAUGUAGCCAACGAAUACCCAGUCUUGAGUACUCGGAUUCGGGCAGGCCAGCAGUGCUGGCCAGAGUGGUCUAGCCUGCUUUGGGGGUUCCAGGUGGUAUUACUUGUUCAUUUCAUGCUUUGGGGGCUAUCAGCCCCACAAAACACUUCAGCAGAGUCUUGAUUAAAAGGAAACCUGUAGACAA